GGUAGCUGACAAUUGUCUCGAUUAUUUUUGUAUUUUAUUUGGAUCUUUAGAUCCCCAGUAGAUGGCGUUUAGCAGCAAUUAUUGAUAAUUUUUUAAAAAUUGAUCGUCUCAAGGCCUGUAAAGGAGUCAAACAGACAAACACACGGUUACACGUUAUAUAGGACACCAGAGAAGGUCUAACUAUUACAUUCAGCCACUUGAAAGUUCAUAAGCCAUUCAAGAAAAACCGUACGCAUUCACCAUUGAUCCAAUUAGACGAAGGAUUAUCAGGAUUGGUGCUGUCUUUCUAUGUCAAUGAGGUGUAAAUAUAUUCCGUAUGCAGGUCCCAGCCAAGUAUAUGCUUGCAUAUAUAUGACUCAACAAACGGGUAUUCACCUACUAAUGAGGGAAGAACGGGAGUGGGUGUGCAUAGAGCUGCACACACCUUUGUGUGGGUAUGUUUGGAACAGCUGUCAUUGCAGGUAUACGUCAGUUGCCAUGGACACCCGACCGGGCUGUGUAUAACAAACAGACCAAAGUCCAAGUCAAACAAGUUCGCUCAAACCAGUGUGCAAUCAACUUCGCGUCUCGUUUAACUGUGUGUGCAUUCUAUUUGAAUUUCUAAAAAAUGGUCCGCGGAGGUCAAUAUUCCGACGAAUCAGACUCGGAUUGGGACAGUUUAUCCCAAGCGGUUCCACCACCGCCAGCAUCAGCCACUGCUGCUGAACCGUCGACACAAUCAGCUCAGCCAGCGGAUGAAAGGCCCAAAUUGAUACCGGCAUUCAACGAAAUCGUGAGACCAAACUCUGAUUCACUUCGAUCGAUGAGUGCUGCUUCCACUGCCAAGGGUCCACUUACCUUCAUCGAUCGUCAAUUGAAUGGCGAUACUGUCGCCAGCCCACAAUCAUCGCCAGACUCAAGUCCGGUCGUUAGCUUAAGGACGACGACCAAGAAAGAGCUUCAGCCUCAUCAAGUCCAGCAUCGGACCAGCGAAGCGCAAAUCUUUGAUGAAGAGCUUCCCGUCAUAGCAACAGACAUCAAAGAUGUAGAGUUCCAGCCUACUACGCCUAUUGGCCAGCAGCAGCAGCCGACGACGACAAAGCAAUUCAAAUCGCCCGUUUUAAUGUCCCGCCGGCCAACGGACAAUUCCAUUAGUUAUUCAUCCAGCGACGGAUUCGAUAACGUGGCCUUUGAAGGUCCAAGUAGCGGAAUGUACAGCUGCAGUCCGCCGAUUGAACGAGCCAAAACGGCCAGCGUUCAGCAACAGCAGCCGUUGCCGAAACCCGACGAGACCAUCGAGAUCUUUUCCUACGACAAAACCAACCCCGAGUUCAAUCAAGUCUCUGAAAGGCGACGCCAAGCCAUGGCUGACGGAUUAAGCGAAACGGUCUUUGAAGUCUCCAGCCGCUUCUGCUCCGAGCUGACUGCCGUGAUUGGAUUGCCUUUAAUCAUCGCCUUGGCCGUGUUAUUGCAAUCAUUAAGGUUCGUAACAGCCGGCUUGUUACGGCCUCUGCUGAUUGGAUUAGUGAUGGGCAUCUCCGACGGACUAGUCAAGCCUCUGCUGGCCGCCUUCCACAACGGCGUCGUCGUCCCCGUUGCCGCGUUUCUGCACAAUGUCGCCUCGGCCGUCAAGACGUCGCUCGUUCCCGUUGCUGGCAUCAUCCUUCUCAUGACCGAACCUCUGGGACGCUUACUGCAGUCCUGCCGACUCAUCGACAUUCACCACCAUCAUCACAAACCCAUCGUCCGAGACGUCUAACAUUCGCCCGGCUCCAGUUAUUCUUCUCUCUUUUCUUUUCGACCGUUUUAUGCACUUUUCCCUCUGUCCAGCAGCUCUAGAGUCUAGACCGUCUACUCACCGAUCGAUAUAAAUAAGGUUCACCAACACUUUUUCCAAGUCGAGCUAAUAAUUCCAUGUGGCCGGGCAAGGGGGUCGACGUUUUCGACACUGGGGCCAACCAACUGGAACCGGAAUCCGUUUACUAUACAAAAACACAAAAGUUCCAGAGUCUAUACGCAGCAGCAGCGGCGGCAGCGGAUGAGUUUCACAUAGUUGGCCAGGAACACCAGACAGGAGAGUGGGCGUCCAAUAUCACGAGGAUCGGAAGGGGCCGUGAAAAAAGAAUGAGGAUGGAAGGAAAUAAAUGUAUAAAAAAAAGGGGGAGGGGGGAUGCCGGGAUGGAUGGAUGGAUGGAGGCGGAGGAGGAGUAGGGUACACUUUUUUAAUUAUAGCCUUUUUUCUCCCGUCCGUCGCAACUGCGGAAUGACACUGGGAGGACAGGAGGAUGUGCCAAACUAUUCCGACCGCUGCCGCUGAUGCUUUCGCUGUUACUGACGUCAGAAAAUAAUUAGUUACCAGAAAGACCAAAAGAAUGUGCAGUGUGUAGCGAUUUUAAUCAAGGAGAAAUGUAAACGCGCAGCAGUCACGAGAGCGCGCGCGCUCAUAAUACAAUACACAAUUUUUCUUUUUUUGUUGGGUUUUGUUUUUUACUUUGUACAAAC